GUGCACAGCAGGAGGAGACCAAGGCGGGCUCCUGUCCUUUGCAGUCCCGGCGAUCCCCAAACAAAGUCCCGGGAUGGGCAACAGUCUGAAAGCCAUAGUUGCUUUUGUGCCCUCCAAUGAGUGCCAGAAAUACCUCCUGGAAGACCUAGAAGAGAUGCCAGUGGAUAAAAUGGUGGAUCUGAGUGGCAUGCAGCUGAGGCGGCUGCCUCUGCACAUUUGCUCUUUUAGGGAACUGGUCAAGCUGUACUUGAGCGACAACAACCUGAACAACCUGCCCCCCGAGCUGGAGCAGCUGCAAAACCUGCAGAUCCUAGCACUGGACUUCAACAACUUCAAAGCGCUGCCCCUGGUUGUGUGCACGCUGAAGCAGCUGUGCAUCCUCUACCUGGGCAACAACAAGCUCUGCAGCCUACCCCUUGAGCUGCGGCUCCUGCAGAACCUCAAGACCCUCUGGAUUGAGUCCAACUGCCUGCAGUGCCUGCCCGAGGUCGUGUGCGAGCUCAGCCUGCUCAAGACGCUGCAUGCCGGCUCCAACGCCCUGCGCACACUUCCUCCCCAGCUGCGGUGCUUGCAGGAGCUGCGCACCAUCUGGCUGUCCGGCAACCUGCUGUCCGAAUUCCCCCCCGUGCUCCUGGACAUGCCUUUUCUGGAGGUGAUUGACGUGGAUCGCAACUCCAUCCGGUUCUUCCCAAGCCUGGCUCACCUCCCCGGCCUGAAGCUGGUGAUCUACGACCACAACCCCUGCCGGAACGCACCUAAGGUGGCCAAAGGGGUGCGCAGGGUGGGAAGGUGGUCAGAGGAGAGCCCUGAACCCCGCAAGCGGUCUGGGGCAGUGAUAGAAAUCACACUCGAUGAGAUACCAUUGCCACCUCCCCCUGCCAAGCCCGAGCCAGAAGCCGAGCCCUGCUGAUGUUCAGCUGCCCGUGCUGGCAAAGGCACAGCACACCCACAACGCUGCCCAACAUCUAUUUCUCCCUCACUUGCUGGUGUCCAGGGAGCA